CCCCUUUGAUGCCUUGUGACUUUUGUCUCAAACUUUUUUUGAUAUCUGCAAUUCCAACUGAGAUAUAAUUUUGUCUCAAGAUAAAUGUGUAUAUACUGGCCCUGUAGUACUCCAGGGCAUACUAGAAGAGAACUUUUUUCUCCAUUUCUUAUUUCUUCAUACAGCAAUUCGCAUUCUUUCAACUCCGUCUAGUACACCCAAUCAUCUUCCAUUCGCCAAACAUGCAUUACAAUUGUUUGUAUCAUCUGCUGAAGAUUUAUAUGGCUCGGCCUUUUCAAGUUAUAACGUGCAUGGUCUUCUGCAUGUUGUUGAUGACGUUAGGAGGUUUGGUACUGUAGAGUCAUAUUCGGCUUUCCCAUUCGAGAGUAAUAUAACUAUUUUUCGAAAGUACGUUAGAAAUCAACAUCGUCCGCUCUCCGGCUAAUAGAGCGUGAUCUGUAUAUAUCGUCUAAAAACCUCUCAUGUGGCGAUGAAUUCAAAUUAUCAUGCAUGCACAAUACUGGGUCCUUGCCUGAAAAUUGUCACCAAAACAUCAAGCAAUUCAGAAAGUUGAAAUCGGCUAAAAGAUUCUUCAGCAAUGAUAAGGGUACCAAUACUUGCAUGCUUGGCGAUGGGACUCUUUGUGAGAUUUGUAAUAAACUUGAGAUAUCUGGGACUCUGACACUUGUAAUCAAAAAGUAUAAAAUCGUACAGGACCUUUAUAUCAGUAGAAAGUUGUCAUCUUCCAUCAAAAUUUUUAAAUGUUCUGAUAUCUCUGAUGGUUUUAAGUUAGUUGACCUGUCCAAAGUAGUAAAAUGUUAUUGUUUACCAAGUUGGUCUUGUGACAACACGCUUGCAAAUAGCAAUAAAGUCAUUCUCAUGACCCUGUUGCACAAUUGAGUUGUUUCAUCGGCUGAAGUAUUUUCAAAUAAAUUAUUUUGUACUUAUAGAUCAUUCUCAUUUCGUACAAAUUAUUCUAGCAUCUUAUUGUUGUUGGUUGUUAUCUGGAUAUCUGGGUGCUAUGUGUUAUGUAAUCUGUCAUUUUUCCAAACCUCUCAUAGCUAGCUAUUUGUUCAAUAUAUCUAUGCUACUGGGUGGUCGUUGUAGAAUGCAUCAUCACUCGCACUGUAGUAUGAAUGGUUUUACAUCUCACAUUUUUUAGUAUUACGGUAUCUUCCUUAUUACCAUAAAGCCAGGAAUGAAUGCCGUGUUCUCCGUAUCAUUUUUCGAUUGUGCCUAUAGAAUUUAACAGGUGUACUUGAGAAGAUGUCAACACCCUCACAACAUUGCCCAACCAAGUCGUCCACGGACAAAAGAGGUGGAGCUUUGAAACGACAAAAUCAUUAUGUACCAAUGAAAGACCGUAUUGCGCAUCUGUUCACAAACCGGACCUGGGAAUUCCCUGACAUUCAGUGAUGUUAAACGAUGAACUCAGAGGGACCAUACAAAUCCACCCACUGAUCAGUGGAAUAAUUCAUACACAUCUCCUGCUGAUACUAGUGAAGCCAAUCUUAACACGGCAUCCACGACUACCUUGGAGGCAAUAGGUUCUCGCAAUACAGACGCCAUAACGCAAACUGUGCAGGGCCUUUUUGACAAGUUCAAGAGGGAACAAUGUGAGCGCUUGGAAUCCUUUGCAGUUCUAAUAAGAGAGAAACAUAGAUCAGAUCGGAAGGCUAUUGACGCCCAUUGGCAGAGGCACUUAGAGUCAUUCCAAAAAACUAUGAGGUAUCACAUGCAAUUAUCAGGUUCUUUUUUCGAUUACAUGUGAGUAAUAUAGAUGAUUUUGAAAUAAAGUUGAACACAGGACAGCGAAUACAUCAUGAAUGGAAGAACUAUUAAUGACCAAAUAAGUUGAGAAAAUGAUAAUGCACUGCUUGCAGAAUGCUAUGUUUGGAAAACUUUACCUUGCAGAGAACUAUCAAGAAAAAUAUAAACCGGAAACAGCUAUACCCUUAUGAAAAACCAAAAGGUUUUCCAUUAGAAUCCUUGGAGGCAUUCGAGGAGUUUGGAGAGGAUGUUGAGAAACAGUUGUGCCUUAAAGAGUAUCUCACCAGCAUUGGAGGCCAUAGAGUGAAAGACACUUUAAAUCAAUUUAUGAAAGGAAGUCUAUGUGAUAGUUUCACGAAAAAUUUCAGUUGGACAGGAAAGAAAGUUGCUGGCCAUGAAGAGUUAAGACCUCUUCAUAAAACUCAGUUAGCAAAGAUGCACUGCGGGUGUGUCGCCAUAUACCCCAGCUACCGGAUCGAACUGCUUUCGCAAGAUGUAUACAGGAUACAAUCCGAACUGCCAAGCAACGGAGACGAGAUGCCUCACGACGUCGUGACACAGCAGCUGUCAGGGCAGGUCCGCGGAGGCGAUAUGAGGCGGAGUUGGCCGAACGAUACAGAGGCGGAGAGAGUCCUGAUGAGGAAUUGUAACUAACUUAACCCAACCUAAUGCUAACCUUUACUUAGAAUGUGAAGUACAAUAAAA